GGUGACCGUUUAGUCUAGGAGAAAUUUAAACAUAAUUAUAGCAGUAUGUUUUUUACACUAGAAAAUGCAUCAAUGGAGACUUGUAGUCAAAGGCAAUGAUGGAAUUUUUCUGGUAGUGGAAGACAUUGUCUUAAAUGGAAUUUUUCAAGAAUCAUAUUUUUCCUCAUUGCCCUCCUCUCUACUUCACCCCUUUUUACACUCUACCUAUACAUAUAAAAUCAUUCUUGUUUCUUGUUAGAAUUUUAUUUUUGGACGCGGAUUAAGAUGGAAGGCUCAGCUCAGCCAUGUCUCGUACUCAAGUUAUUAUCAAACAAGAUUGGAAGCUUACUGUGUUUUUGGAAUUCACCGAAGAAGUACAGGAGAUUGGAUACUAAGCUUGAAAUGAAAAUGGUGGAGCUCAAGAGAAGUUCAUCAGGGGAAAGCAAAUUCAGGUCAAUCAAUGGCAUAAUCUUGAAAUUUCCUCAUUUUAAAGAGGGGUUGAAGGAGAUAAAAGACGUGUUUGAACAGUUCGAUUCGAAUGGGACUAUUGACCGUGAUGAACUAAAGAAAUGUGUAAAGAAGCUGCAUUUUCAUGCUAAAGAUGAGGAGGUUAAUGAUCUUUUCGACUCUUGUGAUGUGGAUGAAAACGAAGGGAUUCAAUUCAAUGAGUUCAUUGUUCUUCUGUGUCUUCUUUAUCUAUUGAUAGAUUCAUCGUCCUCCUCUGGCAAUACCACGAAGAUCGGUUCACCAGAGCUAGAAGCAACAUUCAACACAAUAGUUGAGGCAUUCUUGUUUCUUGACAAAAAUGGUGAUGGGAAACUGCACAAGAAAGAUGUCCUCAAGGCAUUAAACGAUGAAUGUCCUUGUGAGAAAUCCCCUUCUCAUGUCACUCGUACUCGAUUUAGAGAAAUGGACUGGAACAGGAGCGGUAAGGUCAGUUUCAGGCAGUUUCUGUUCGCGUUUCUUGAUUGGGUUGGUAUAGACACAGACGAUGAGAAAGGGAGACUACGUGCAACAACCACACCUCAACCAAACUAGUGGAUUCGUCUGUAUGAAUCCUCACUAACCAUGUCACCCCGUUAAAUGAAGAAAGGUUAGACUAGUAUUCGUACAUAUAAAGUAGUUCUCUCUUUGUAUACGUUCAAGUUCGGUUAUUGUUGCAUUUCUGAACAUCUGCUCUGAAUAAGCUUUCAUGUUUAAGGUA